AUGAACAUCCGUCGGCAUAUGUCUCACUAUAAGAAGGCAAAACAGGAUAAAAGGGAAACCAGCCACUACAAGGAUUUGUCGGCAGAUAUCAUAUGUUUCUGCUAUGGCUGCUUCAUACACAUCGAGUUCAAUACUACGCUGGAGAUGAUGCUAUGCAUACUCAUCGUUCUCGUCUCCCCGUUCCUCACCACCUGGCUUAUCACUAACGUCAAGGCACGUAAUGGGUCCUGGCAGAAGGGAGAGCCUCCGUUGAUCCCUUAUAUCAUUCCGUGGCUUGGUCAUGCGUUGUCCUUCCGCAGCGGGACGACUCGUUUCUCGAGCUGGGUUAAGGAAAAAUACCAUAACGUCCCAGUGUCACGAACGUUAAUGGCAGGGAAUAAUCUCUAUACAAUUUUUGACCCUAAGCUUGCAAGGGAGGUAGAUCGUCGCCCAAAGGUUUUCACCUUUGAUCCCGUUGUCUUACUCGUGAAUAAGGCAUUUGGAGCCCCCCAAGCUGAUCUAAAUAUCCUGGAGAGAGGUUACCUUGGAUCAACUCGGAGAACAACCAGCAAUAGCGACGGCCAAGGCAUGAUCGCUGAACUCCAUCGACAACAUUUCCCUUACCUCAAUGGUCGAAAUUUACCCGCCAUGAUAUCUAAAUUUAGUGCGAUUUUGAGUGCAAAUUUAGAAAACAUGUUUCAAAGGAAAGGAAGAUGUGACACCAGCGACGCAUGGGUAACGCUGGAUUUUAGAGAGUUUCUUAUGCGGCAGUUCACGCUUGCUUCCAUUCCGAUGUUGAUGGGGACUCGUAUUUUAGAAAUUUGGCCCCAAGCAUUCGAAGAUAUUUGGGAAUUUGAUUCGUGGGCAUUAGUGCUCACAAUGAACUUACCCAGCAUAUUUAUACCGGAGGCAGCUGCAAGCCGAGAUGCGAUGAUCUCUGCUUUAGAGCAAUGGGAGGAAGAGGCAUCCAAGCACCGAAAAUUCGAGGAUGUGGAAUCAGAAGAUCCCGCGUGGGAUGAAUAUUGGGGGGCCAGGUUGAUGAGGCAGAGACACCGAACAUUUCUAAACAAUGGCAUCAGUAAACGAGGGCGGGCUGUUUUUCACCUGGGACUUCUUUGGGCCACAAAUGCCAACGCCAUCCCGGCCGCCACGUGGAUGUUGAUACAUUGCGUUCUCGAUACGCAACUCCAGUGUCGAGUUCGUCACGCAAUAAUAUCGUCUAAAAGGAAAGAUGGCACGGUGGAUAUCGAAAGCCUCGCCGCGAACAAGCUCGUAAAAUCGCUAUUCCUUGAGAUACUUCGUGUAUAUGUGUCCUCACCAUCAGUGCGAGUGGUCAUAGAAACGACCGAACUCGGCGGUUACGUGUUUCACAAGGGGGGGACGAUAUUCAUCCCUGGCAGAGAAAUACAAAAAGACCCAAAUGUUUGGUCUCCAAACGGCUCGUUUCCAGAUGCUUCUAAAUUUUGGGCCGAAAGAUUUAUUGAUGAAGAACAAGACGAUAACGGAAGCAUAGGAAAAGAUAUUAAUGGGUGUAUCAAAUUGGAGGCUGAAGGUGAACAACACGUAGCCAUAACAGAUGCACAGACACUGUCUGCGGACGCGAUGACGAUACCCGGCAGCACAAGAUCAAAGUCAUUAAGAGACCGAAUGUGUUCAAUGCGUCCGUUUGGAGGGGGUACCUCCUUUUGUCCGGGAAGAAACGUCGCGAUGUACGAAAUCGUUGUUGCCGUGGUGGCCAUAUUGUCGGCAUUCGACAUUGAGGUUGACAAAGAAGCCCUAGCGUCGAAUGGAAUGCCACAACCGAACUUUGACUUGUCCGGAACUAUGGGUCCUGAUAGGCAGUUUAUAGUGAGGAUGAAGAGGCGAACGGCCGCGAAAUAG